CAAUAGAUCUAAGCGGCCCAUAAGACGGGCGCUAUUUUUACAAUUUUUUUUCUAAAUUUUAGUUUACAUUAAAUUUUUGUAAAACUGUUUUAAUUUACAAAGUUUUUUAUUUAUUUUUACGUCCGUGUCGUCAAAAUUUUAAGUAAUCAUAAUGAGGGAGUGUAUCUCAGUGCACGUGGGUCAAGCCGGCGUGCAAAUGGGCGUGGCUUGCUGGCAACUGUAUUGCUUAGAACAUGGUAUCCGCCCUGAUGGCACACUGCCAGGAUGCGAGACAGAUCUUAAUGCGACAGACUCGUGUUUCAACACGUUUUUUUCCGAGGCUGAUCGCGGGAAGAUGGUGCCGAGAGUCGUUAUGGUGGAUCUGGAGCCAACUGUUAUAGACGAAGUCAGAUCAGGCGAGUAUCGUCAGCUAUACCACCCUGAGCAGCUGAUCACUGGUAAAGAAGAUGCUGCUAAUAAUUACGCGAGGGGACACUACUCCACGGGUAAGGAAGUAUUGGGACCAGUUAUGGAGAGAGUACGGAAGCUGGCGGACCAGUGCACGGGGCUACAGGGCUUUUUCGUAUUUCACUCGUUCGGCGGAGGUACGGGGUCCGGUUUCACGUCUCUUCUAAUGGAAAAUCUAUCUGAAGAAUUUGGUAAAAAGAGCAAGUUGGAAUUCGCUAUCUACCCAGCUCCUCAGGUUUCCACGGCAGUGGUGGAACCUUACAACGCUGUGCUAACUACACACUCCACCAUCGAGCACUCGGAUUGCGCAUUCAUGGUGGACAAUGAGGCAAUAUACGACAUCUGUAGGCGAAGGUUGUCUAUUGAACGGCCGUCUUAUGCCAACCUUAACAGACUUAUAUCGCAAGUAGUAUCGUCAAUAACUGCUUCGUUGAGGUUUGACGGCGCGCUCAAUGUGGAUCUGACGGAGUUCCAGACCAACCUCGUCCCUUAUCCAAGAAUACACUUCCCGCUGGCCGCAUAUGCACCUGUCGUCUCUGCUGAUAAGGCAUACCACGAAGGCAUGUCUGUGUCGGAGAUAACCUCGGAACUGUUCGAGCCUCAGAACCAGAUGGUGAAGUGUGACCCUCGCGACGGCAAGUACAUGGCGUGCUGCUUAUUGUAUCGCGGUGAUGUCGUGCCCAAGGACGUGAACGCGGCUAUUGCAGCGAUGAAGGGACGAGCGGGGAUACGCUUUGUGGAUUGGUGUCCCACCGGAUUUAAGGUUGGUAUAAACUACCAGCCACCAUCGGUGGUGGCGGGCGGCGACCUCGCGCAGGUGAAACGCGCUGCGUCGAUGCUCAGCAACACGACCGCCAUCGCGGAGGCGUGGGGCAAGCUCGACCACAAAUUUGACCUCAUGUACUCGAAGCGAGCUUUUGUGCACUGGUACGUGGGCGAAGGUAUGGAGGAAGGCGAGUUCACGGAAGCGAGGGAAGAUCUAGCCGCGUUGGAGCGAGACUACGAUGAGGUGGCUAUCGAGACCGCUGACCUGCCGCCCGGCGGCGAUGACGAGCUGUGACACAACGUAACAUUCGUCACAGAAUAGACGUCACACGUGUAUCAUUCAAAUCGUACAGACAUGCGCGAUUAACUUCGAGGGACCAUGUGAUUGUCAGGUCUAUUUGUUGAAUAAUUCUGAUUUGUUCGUAAAGAUGUGGUUUUAACUUACUUCACUUAGUCGCGCAAGUCUUUAUGCGAAACUUUUUACUCGAUUCAAUGCGGGUCGAAUACGCACUGCGAAUACAUUAAUCAUUAUUCCUAUGAACUAUGUAAAAUGAUUGCUUACUUCGAUAUUCCAUUAAAUAGAAUUACUAAAAAAAUAGGCCAAGUGCAUAAGCGAGCCCAUGAGCGUCUCCACCGAAAGCGGACGCCACAAAACCGCGACCGCAUGAUUAUAAUAUUGAAUAUGGCAGAACUGCGAAAAUUGUUAUAGGUUCGAAAAUGUCCGCCAAGGUUGGAAGAGGCUCUUAAUGCCAACGAGAUGCAUUUCCCUCUUAAUUUUUUUAUUCUUGUUUUAAUCUAGAAUGUACCGUGUGGCGAUAAUUAUUGUAAGCGUAAUUGUUUUGUCCGCGUCUGGGUAAAAAGUUAUUAAAAAGUAUUACGUUGCUUGUCCGUGUUCAAUAAAUUGUGUAUUUUCUUACA